UAAAGAGCUGCUGCAAUGGCUGAGCAAAGAGCAUAUGAGGGACUUGGCAAAAAAGCCCUGGAAAAUUUGUGUUCAGAAAAGAUGAUAAGCUUUAGAAAGAAAGCUACAAAUCAAGAACUGAGAAAUCUGUUAAUAGCCAGUGAUCAGGGGGCAAGAGCACAGCCCUUACCUGAGGCUGCAGAAGAGGCAGAAAAAAUUAGAAUGCAAAGGGUGACAAGUCAACUGCAAUUUGAGCAUGAACAGAGGCUAGCAGAUCUUCGAUUGCUGGAGAAGCAAAAAAUAGCAGAAUUAGAGAAGGAGGCUGCUGAGAGAGAGAAGGAGGCUGAUGAGAGAGAAGAGAGAGCUCGUAAGGGGCGUCUAGAGCUGCUCGUGGCUGAACAGGAGACGGCCAGACUUCAGCUCCAAGUAAUGGAAGAGCGGAGAAAGUCAUCCCCACCGGGUACUCCACUUCCCCCCCGCCAUGAGAAAAACUGGGAAAGGAUGUGUCCCAUUUACAACGAUACUGAGGAUAUAGAGGAGUUUUUGUCUACCUUUGAACGCCUCUGCAAUCUGUACCAGAUCCCUGAGGGUCAGCGAAUGCCUGUCCUGCUGACCAGACUGACUGGAAAAGCCAGGGAGUAAGAACAAAGAGGUGAUCUUACACCUGGG